GCUUCCCACCACCUUUCCGCACCCACGCACGACACGACCGGGCGCACUGCGUACGCACGCAGCAACCGCCGCUCCUCCGAUGAACGACGCUGACGCCAGGAGAGAGGGCGGCGAGCUUCCGCUCUGGCCGCCGGAGCCGCCGCGGGACCCGCUGGAGUUCCUAUCCCGCUCCUGGAGCGCGUCCGCGGCCGAUGUCUCCCGCGCGCUCGCCGCCGCGCCACCGGCGCUGCCGCUGGCGGCCGGGGUGGGGACCAUCGCCGAGGAGCUCGACGGCAACGGCGGCACCGGAGCCCCGACCUCCGGGAGCUCCUUCUCCUUCGCGUCCGCGGCCACCUCGCAGCUCAUUAUGGACCGGAUUAUGGAGCAAUCGCAGGAAGUGUCGCCGCUGACCUCCGGCCGGCUCUCCCACAGCAGCGGACCCCUCAACGGCGGCGGCUCGCUCUCCGACAGCCCGCCCGUCUCGCCGGAGAUCGACGAUACCAAGUUCUGCAGAGCGGCGAGCACGGCGAAGCCGCAGCCGUACCGUGGCGGCAGCAAGACGGUGGGCCGGUGGCUCAAGGACCGGAAGGAGAAGAAGAAGGAGGAGACGCGGGCGCACAACGCGCAGGUCCACGCCGCCGUCUCGGUGGCUGCCGUCGCCGCCGCCGUCGCCGCCGUGGCGGCCGCGACCGCCGCUGCCUCGGCUUCCGGCAAGGACGAACGCGCCGCGCGCACGGACAUGGCCGUGGCGUCCGCGGCGACGCUCGUGGCCGCGCAGUGCGUCGAGGCCGCGGAGGCCAUGGGCGCGGAGCGCGGGCAUCUGGCCACCGCCAUCGGCUCGGCGGUCAACGUCAGGACCCCCGGGGACGUCGUCACCAUCACGGCCGCCGCCGCCACAGCGUUGCGUGGUGCGGCGACGCUGAAGGCGAGGUCGCUGAAUGAGGUGUGGAACGUUGCGGCGGUGAUCCCCGUGGAGAAGGGCACAAUGGGAGGCGGCGGCGGCGGCGGCGGCCAUCAUCUCCACAGCCACAAGCACAAUGGCCAUUUGAAGCAGCAGCAGCAUCAUCUCAGGGAGCUCGACAGCAGCAACAGCAGCAGCAGCUUCAGCGACGAGCUCGUGCUGGCCGAGGAGAACAAUUUCCUGGGCAUCUGCACCCAGGAGCUGCUCGCCCGCGGCACCGAGCUCCUCAAGCGCACCCGCAAAGGAGCGUUGCAUUGGAAGGUUGUCUCCGUGUACGUCAACCGGAUGGGCCUGGUGAUGCUGAAGAUGAAGAGCCGGCACGUUGGAGGCACCAUCACCAAGAAGAAGAAGAGCGUGGUGGUGGACGUGUGCAGGGACGUGGCGGCGUGGCCGGGGCGGCACCUGCUGGAGGGAGGGGAGCACCGCCGCUACUUCGGCCUCCGGACGGCGGAGCACCGGGUGAUCGAGUUCGAGUGCGCGAGCCAGAGGGACUACGAGAUGUGGACCAAGGGCGUGGCGCGCCUCCUCAGCACCGUCGACGGCCGGAAGCGCGCCCUCUGAAGCCGUUCAUCCUGGCGACGCUGGUCAGCCAGGUCGGCGACAACUGGCUGGCCACCAUUGGCAUCUUAUGCAAGGCGGUGGUGACUAGUGAGUGAUUCACGACAGGGAUCAUGUAGCUUCUGUUGUUAGAGCUGAAUUAAAAUGAAUGGCGAUACCGUGAGUAAAAAAAUUCUGCGGUGCCGCAACCUUUGAACUGUGUUCUUGCAGACCUUUUCCGGUGAUGGUGUGUGUGAUUGUACGUAUGUGGGGAAUGCAUGGUGAGCAGAGGAAGGAGCUGGGGUGGUAGAGUCGACCUUCGAAUUGUGUUCUUGCAGUUUCUUUUGUUUUAUUUUCUUUUGUGAGAAAUAAAGUUAAAAUAUGUCUUGUUUUAUUUAUGAUGAGUGAUUGAUAUUGAUAUUUAUUUGGUUUGAUGAUUUUUGAUUUUAUAUAAGCUUUAAUGUGAUUUGAAUUGAUUGUGAUUUUA